CUCGCGACGUGAACUUCAUCGUCGCCUUCCCUUCUUCGACCUCCAUAUCCGAGGCUCGCGCGAGCUUCGAGUUCGCCCGCCGGAGAUCCCUCUCCCCGCUUCAAUUGCCAGAUCUCUCUCGCCGGCGCCUGGGCGGAGCUCGUGAUCGCCGACUCCGAGGAACCGCCGCCAUGGCUCCGCCGGCUCAGUCGCAGCGGUCGCCGUCGCCGUCCCAGCCUUCCGGAAAAGGUGAAGUUUCGGAUCUAAAAUCACAACUCCGGCAGCUUGCUGGAAGUCGAGCUCCGGGUGUUGAUGACUCCAAGCGUGAUUUGUUCAAGAAAGUGAUCUCCUACAUGACUGUAGGAAUUGAUGUCUCGUCUGUCUUCGGUGAAAUGGUCAUGUGCUCCUCAACUUCAGAUAUAGUCCUGAAGAAGAUGUGUUAUCUCUAUGUUGGGAACUAUGCCAAGGUCAAUCCAGAUCUCGCACUUUUGACGAUUAAUUUUCUUCAGAGGGACUGCAAGGAUGAGGAUCCAAUGAUUCGUGGGCUUGCACUGCGAAGCUUGUGCUCGUUGAGAGUUGCCAACUUGGUCGAGUACUUGGUUGGCCCAUUGGGUUCAGGUUUAAAGGACAGUAACAGUUAUGUGAGAACGGUGGCAGUGAUUGGGGUUCUGAAACUGUAUCAUAUUUCAGCUGCGACAUGUAUUGAUGCAGACUUUCCAGCGAUGCUUAAGCAUUUGAUGCUGAAAGACCCUGACACCCAGGUCAUCGCAAAUUGUUUGGCAGCAUUACAAGAGAUAUGGACCUUGGAGGCAAGCAACUCUGAGGAAGCAUCCAGGGAGAGAGAAGCUUUAAUUAGCAAGCCACUCAUCUAUUUCUUUUUGAAUCGGAUUAAGGAAUUCAGUGAGUGGGCCCAAUCUCUCCUGUUGGAGUUAGUUGCUAAGUAUGUACCGACAGAUAGCAAUGAGAUAUUUGACAUCAUGAACCUCCUUGAAGAUAGACUUCAACAUGCUAAUGGUGCUGUUGUCUUGGCAACCAUCAAGGUGUUUCUACAGCUGACCUUGUCCAUGACUGACGUUCAUCAGCAGGUCUAUGAACGUAUUAAAGCCCCUUUGCUCACACUUGUGAGCUCCGGCAGUCCGGAGCAAUCCUACGCGGUUUUAAGCCAUCUGCAUCUCUUAGUGAUGCGUGCACCAAUUUUAUUUUCCUCAGACUACAAACACUUUUACUGCCAAUACAACGAGCCAUUUUAUGUGAAGAAGUUGAAGCUCGAGAUGCUGACAGCGGUCGCAAAUGAGAGUAACACUUAUGAAAUUGUGACAGAGCUAUGUGAAUAUGCUGCGAAUGUUGACAUUCCUAUUGCAAGGGAGUCAAUUCGUGCUGUUGGAAAGAUUGCGCUUCAGCAGUAUGAUGUUAAUGCCAUUGUGGAUAGGCUUCUUCAAUUUCUAGAAAUGGAGAAGGACUAUGUGACGGCAGAGACUCUGGUUCUUGUAAAAGAUUUGCUGAGGAAAUAUCCUCAAUGGAGCCAAGACUGCAUUGCUGUUGUUGGAAAUAUCAGUUCCAAUAAUGUCCAAGAGCCAAAGGCGAAGGCAGCUCUUAUAUGGAUGUUGGGGGAAUAUUCACAGGAUAUGGAUGAUGCUCCUUAUAUAUUGGAAAGCCUGAUUGAAAAUUGGGAAGAUGAGCACUCCUCUGAGGUCCGUUUACAUCUCUUAACAGCUGUGAUGAAAUGCUUCUUCAAAAGGCCACCAGAGACUCAGAAAGCCCUUGGAGAUGCAUUAGCUGCAGGGCUUGCUGAUUUUCACCAGGAUGUUCAUGAUAGAGCCUUGUUCUACUACAGGCUUUUGCAGUAUAAUGCAUCUGUAGCAGAACGUGUUGUGAACCCUCCCAAGCAAGCUGUUUCAGUUUUUGCCGAUACUCAAAACAGUGAAAUCAAAGACAGGAUAUUUGAUGAGUUCAACAGUCUAUCUGUUGUGUACCAGAAGCCGUCUUACAUGUUUACGGAUAAGGAGCAUCGUGGCCCAUUUGAGUUCGCAGACGAGCUUAGUAACUUAUCCAUUGGAGCAGAUGCUGUAGAUACUGUUGUUCCUGCACAGCAAGUUGAUGCAAAUGACAAGGAUUUGCUUUUGAGUACCUCUGAGAAGGAAGAUGGCAGAGCCCUCAGCAGCAACGGUUCUGCAUAUAGUGCUCCUCUAUACGAUGCACCUGCAUCUGUUCCUACCUCACAGAUCCAAUCAGAUCUAGUAAAUUUAACAUCCGGUCUACCAGGUCAUGUGCCAGCUGCUAGUUUGGCCAUUGAUGAUUUACUCGGUCUUGGUUUAUCAGUCACACCUGCGCCUGCCCCUUCACCUCCUCCUCUGAGCCUUAAUCCAAAGGCUGUGCUAGAUCCAGGAACUUUUCAGCAGAAGUGGCGGCAGCUACCAAUAUCCUUAACUCAGGAAUUUUCAGUAAGUCCACAAGGAAUUGUGGCAUUGAUCACACCCCAAGCCCUUCUUCGGCACAUGCAAGGCCAUUCCAUCCACUGCAUUGCAUCAGGUGGUCAAUCCCCUAAUUUUAAGUUUUUCUUCUUUGGUCAGAAAGCGGAAGAAUCUUCAAAUUUUCUGGUGGAAUGUAUAAUUAAUACAUCAUCAGCUAAAGCACAAGUAAAGAUCAAAGCUGAUGACCAGAGUAUGUCUCAGACCUUCUCGACUCUAUUCCAGUCGGCCUUGUCCAAAUUUGGUGUACAGUGAACUUGGUCUCCCAUGUAUCCAAUAUUUAGCUUCUGAGGGAGUUUUGCUUGGUUCAAUUGCCAUCGUCAUUCGGGAAUGGGUGAAAAUCACAAGAGCGGAGGAAUUCUUAGUAACACAUUGCACAAGAAGGCAGCGAAAAGUGAAUGACACUGCACCUUUCCCUUGGGGCUGCAGAUGAGCCGUGUCAUCGAGUACUAUUGUAGAGUGCCCUCUUGCGACACCUUAUCAGUGUUGCAAAUUGGCUAUAAACUUCCCCAUUGAUAUCUGAAAUGUUUCAUAAUCAACGAAGAACGGAUAAUCAGCUUCUUUUUUUCGAUUGAGAAACGUUGCAAAGGUUCUUGUAAUAGUUUUUCCAUUUCCUGUAGAGGAUGACGUGGCUAUUGUUAUACGAUCGAGGCAAAUUUCAGUACAUUCUGUUGGUUCUUUAAA